AACGCAUUCCUUAUUACGCAUUUGCCAGUGUCUGCCCCAACCAUGGCACAGCGGUGAACGUUCAGAGCUCGGCUUACACUCUUACCGCGUGCAGCGACUUGCAGGCCAGCCAGGAGGUGGGACACCGACGAGCCAUGUUUCCUGGAUCUUCAUCUCGCGCCCAGUCUGCGUAUGGGCAGCACUACCCCGAAGCCUCAGGAAGUAAUGGCUGGGCACCUGGUCCAGCUCGUCACUACGGUUCAGACUUCGACUCGUCCACGGAGCGCGACUAUCCACGUUCUGACCCCUCGUCUUCCCGCACGGGACACGGGCUUCAUCCGACUGAACAGGACAUUCGACAGGCCGGCUCUAUCGUCACCCUCCCUGAUCCCAUUCCUUCGCUUCCCUACUGGUCUCAUAAGCGACACUUGACGUGUGGGAAUCCUACCCCUCCACCGCCGUGGGCACCGAGGAUUACACCAUGGCGCACCACUCCCUCCAAACUCAAAACAGCAAACGCCGCGCUCGUCCUCUGCUUGAAUAUCGACGUCGACCCUCCAGAUGUAGUCAAGACGAGUCCGUGUGCUGUGCUCGAGUGCUGGGUCGACCCUCAUACACUCCCUGCCUCGAAGGCUCUUGAUGUCAUCGGCCUCAACCUCGCGCACCAGUUCGAGGGCCUGAGCGCGAAAAUCCCCUUCAAACCCUUACUCGACCCAGCGUAUGACGAUCUACGCAAGUACUGUCACUCCCUACGCAAGUCCGCGAAAGAGGACGCGAUCCUUUUCUAUUAUAACGGUCACGGUGUCCCCAGACCCACGCCCAGCGGGGAGAUGUGGUGCUUCAACAAGGAAUACACCCAGUACAUCCCCGUAUCUCUCCAGGAAGUACAAACUUGGUUGCUCUCCCCUUGCGUCUACAUCUGGGACUGUUCCGCGGCGGGGCGACUGCUGCAGACGUUUGUCAAGUUUGCACGGGCGCGCGACGCUGAAACCGAGAUGAACCCGAAGCUGUAUCCGGAGGGUAUGCCUCCAUUUUCCGACUGCAUUCAACUCGCCGCAUGCGCCGCCGAUGAGCAGCUACCGUCAUGUCCGGAGCUACCGGCCGACCUCUUCACGUCCUGUCUGACAUCGCCCAUCGACAUCGCGCUACGGUGGUUCAUCAUGUGUAACCAGCUUCCCGGCAGCAUAACGGGCGACAUGGUCAUGCAGUUACCAGGCGACUUGAAGGACCGGCGGACACCAUUGGGGGAGCUGAACUGGAUCUUCACGGCCAUUACUGACACUAUCGCUUGGACGACAUUUCCUAGGGACGUCUUUACGCGCUUAUACCGGUCGGAUCUACUUAUCGCUUCUCUCUUCCGGAACUUCCUCCUUGCAGAACGGAUCAUGAAGAAUUACCACUGCACGCCUCACACCUACCCACCAUUACCCGCGACCAACACGCACCCAUUGUGGGCGUCAUGGGACUUGGCGGUUGACUCCUGUUUGAGGCAGUUGCCCGAGUUGCUGAAGCAUGUGCAGCCAGGUACAACGACGGAAGCGUCUCUGACCACGCGCAGGUCUACAGCGGCACGAGCGCAAGCCGGUGCUCCUACCGCUCCCGUCGAUCAGCCAUACACUUACAUCCACAGUAAGUUCUUCAGCGACCAACUUACGGCGUUCGAAGUCUGGAUCUCUCGAGGCGGGUCUGCACUGACCAAGCGCGGUCCGCUGUCGCUCCCCGAGAGCGGUGGCGAGCAGACGGGAGUGUUGGACAUUCCCAAUGGUGACGCGGCGCAUCCUCCAGAGGGUCUCGAGAACGACCACCACCUCGUUCCCCGAAAACCACCGGAUCAGUUACCCAUCGUCCUUCAGGUCUUGCUCUCACAACCUCAUCGUCUCCGCGCGCUCAUCCUCCUCUCGCAAUUCGUCGACUUGGGACCAUGGGCUGUGCACCUCGUCCUCACCAUCGGCAUCUUCCCAUAUAUCUCUCGUCUCCUUCAGGCUGCGUCGGCGGACUUGCGACCAGUGUUGAUUUUCAUCUGGGCGCGCAUCAUCGCCGUUGACCCAUCAUGCCAAGUCGAACUCUACAACAACCAGGGCUACAAGUAUUUCGCGCAGAUCCUCGCUGUGCAGGACGAGCAGCCGCAUCCAGCAAUUCCGAACAGCUCGGAGCACAAGGCGAUGUGCGCGUUUAUCCUCUCCGCGAUAGCUCGUGACUACCCCCACGGACAGAACGCCUGCUGGCGCGCACACGUUUUCGACGCGUGCUACGACCGCCUCACAGACAACGACUUCUUACUACGGCAAUGGUCGGCGCUAUGCAUCGCGCAGAUGUGGGAUGCCAAUGACGAGGUCAAGACGUAUGGCGUCGACCGAGGCACGCAAGACAGGUUGAUUGGCCUGCUCACGGACGACUCGCCAGAAGUGCGGAGCGCUGCCCUUUACGCGCUCGGGACGUUCUUGGGCGCGUCGGGGUCCCCAGAUCUCAACAAGCUCGGCGGUGGGGGUAGCGGUACGCAGACACAACUGGAGGAGCGCAUUCACUUCCGCAUGGAGGUCGCUGUUGUUACCGGGGCUACCCUGGCUAUCAAGGAGGACGCGAGCCCGAUGGUCAGGAAGGAACUACUUGUGCUUAUCAGCUGUCUCGUCAAGGAGUGGAGAGGAUACUUCAUUGUCUGCGCGUGGAUUUACUGGGAGGAAGAGCGGCGAUGGAAGCAGGGCGCGCCCCCGCACGAGGAGGAUGUAGCUUCCCAAGCGACUGCGGAGUGGUUGGAUGGCUUCGGCGAUGAAGACGCUCGGGAGGAGAAUCGAGUACUCCUGUCCUCGUUCUUCACCAUUUACAGCGUGUUGCUGGAGCUCUCAGCCGACCCUUACGAGGAGGUUGGUAUCAACGCGCAAACGACUGUGGACUACAUCAUCGCGCUCUUACUAGAGUCGCCUUUCAGCCGUCUGGACAGUACUACGCUCAAGGAACCUCCUAUCGUUGUUGAGUCGAAGAAUGGUACUCGGACUCGAGCACCUUCAAUCCAAUCGGACAAAAGUCAGCCACCUCCCUCACCUGUUCUUAGCAGGCCGAGUAUCACGCGUAGUGAUACGAUGGGUGGAACGAUCUCGAACGGGGUUACCAGCACUCUACGACGUACGUCCUCCUUCGCCAAUGCGCUACGAAGUCUUGCGGGCAACAUCGCCUUUCCGACUAUGGACGACGGCCGCUCGUCGCCGCGCCCGGCAUCGACCUCUACUCUGCGCACUGAUGUACCUGACGGUGUAUCACGCCCUCCUUCGCCGAACCUUAAUUACGCACAGUACACGUCCCCGUAUUCUCGUCCCUCUACUCCUCCGCCUCCUUCCACGUCCACAAGUCGACUGUCUCCUUACCCUUCGCCAAAGUCUGCCGCGGAACCGCCGUCGCCUCCUAUGGACUUCCUCCCAUCGGACGUCAUGGAGGCGCUCAUUGAGGAGGACAUGGAACGUCUGCGGGCACGUCGGAGGGUCGCGGCGCAUCAUAGACAUCACCAUCCGCAUGCAACUGGGCUGGGAGGCGUGGGCAGCCCGGCUGGAAGCACGUUCUCCAUGGACUCAAGCGUCAUUUUGGGUCUUGGUACGGGUGUCGGCAUUCGGGACGUUCUGCCCCUGAAGAGCCGCUUCUAUGACUGGUGUUGCGAAUACUUCAAGGAGCCGCAAAUGAGGCAACCCGAGGCUGACGAGCCUGGAAGUGUUCAAUACAACUACCAACUCUGGCGGCAGCAGCGCAAUGAACAAGUGCUUUCGACUACACGGGCCCAAGCAGAGAUAGCGGCGUCUUGCAAGUGGGAUAGACCGGUCUCGACCAUCCAAGUCACUGGUCUGCCACAGCAACUAUCCUUCCAUUCCUUUGACCCGCACUUGGUGAUCGCUAAUGAAUCCGAUGUCAUAACCGUGUGGGAUUGGAUGCAGCGGAAGCGACUGAACCGUUUCUUCAACGGCAAUCCAAAGGGGACGUGUGUGACGUCGUUGCACAUCAUCAACCAAGAGGUCGGAGGCAUCAUCCUGACCGCUGCGGCUGACGGCGUCGUCCGUUUGUACCGGAAUUAUGACCCAUCACUGAGCAAUGGUCCAGUGCAGAUGGUUAGCUCGUUCCGUGGAGCCAAUGAAGUGCUUCAAGUACAGCGCGGAAGUGGAAUGAUCACAGACUGGAGGCAGACGGGCGGUACGCUGCUUGUGGGCGGUGACUCGCGGGUCAUACGGGUUUGGGACGCCCACACAGAGAGCCAAGUCAUGGACCUGGAGACUAACUCUGAUAGUCCUAUCACCGCUAUGGUGUCCGAUUACGGAUCCAUUAAUACGUUCCUGACCAGCUUUGCCGAUGGGUCGGUCAAAGUCUUUGACCGGCGUAUGGACGAAGAGAACGCCGUUGUGCGCUCGUACCACGAUCAUACGUCUUGGGUACAAAACGUGAAAUGGCAUCCAAGUUACGACGGCCAAUUCCUCUCGGGCUCUACGGAUGGUGAAGUGAAGCUAUGGGAUAUUCGCGGAGAUGACACAGCCUUGCAGACCUGGGAUCUAUGUCCCCAAGGGUUGUCUGCAUUUGACGUCCAUGAGCAAACAGAAGUAUUCGCUGCGACUUCUUCCCUCGUGCCGUCGAAUUGGAGAACCCAGCGAACCGCUGUGCAUUCGUUCGUUCGGGCCAGUCCCCUGUCUACGCUGACGACGGGCCUCACCGUACCGCCACCACGAGACCCAUAUCUUCCAUUCGUUAACCGUUCGAGCAGUCUGACCUUCCACCCGAAGGAAAUGGUUUAUGCUGUUGGUCUUUGGGAUGGAUCUGUGCGUAUCAUGGGUUGCAAGUUACCGUCGUAGUUUGGUCAUAGUUGCUCUAUGGACUGAAGAACUCUGCUUUGCUCGUCAUCUCGUUUGCACAAGUAUUUUAUUAAUUUUUGCGUACGUCUGUGUGUUGAAUACGUCCUCUACUGUAGCAUAAGAAUAAUGCGAUCUGAAUACGCUGGUUGCAAACGAA